AUGGGCGCCGAGGACACGAGGUCGCUAGAGCCGCAGCCUCCAUUGACGAUGUUGAGCCAGCACUCGGCCUCCAAAGGUAAUUAUUGACGAAAUACGUAUUUUGUGCUAAACGGUUAUUCUAAAUGCUUAAGUUUUCCGCUGUAUAUUAAAAAUGUUGAUAAAGUAUAUUAUUGUUAUUUGGUAAAAUACACUAUCAAGCUAUGCAUAUUAUGAUAAAACUGUUUAGCAUAAGCAGUCGUUAUCAUGAAAAACGUGUUAAUAACGUAAUGGCUACAGAUAUUUAAGGUUGAAACCUGGCGGUUAAUACCAUACCAGUGCGUAUUAAUGAUAAAUUACCAUAGUUUCUUGAAUGUAGAAAACUUUAACCAUGUUACCUACAAAUUAAAUUUAAUUGUUAUCGAAGGACAAAACCGAUUCGUAGGUUAGUGUAGGUAGUGUAGAUUGGCAUUUUAAGUUUUUCGCAAAAUCGAAAAACUCAAAAAUUUCAAAAGCAAUACGUUCGGCCUCCAACGAUACUUCAAAAACCUAGCGCCUAUACCAGUGAAUGUUACCCUUGAAAUUGAAAGCGGUUAUAAAAUAAAUGCAAUUCGUUUCGUUUCACCGUUCACCGCACUGGUUACAACUGGGUCACAGAUUUUCGUCAGUCAAUUUAACUUAUUUGCGGUCGUUUCGUUUUAAAUGUUUAAUAUUAAAAUUAAAAUAUAGGUUAGGUAUAUUUUCGUUUUAUACACCUACACCCUGCAGGUACAAAAUAUAAUCGAAAUUUUUUUAAUAAUUUUUCAACUAUGAGAUAAGUUUUGAACGAAGAUCUUCGUUUGCACCUGUAACUACGGGUUUUUAACCGUACCAAAACGGUUCACCAUUCAAUUUGCACGUUACUAAUUUCGUUUCCCUCGUUUUUUCCAACGUUUAACAAUUCAUAUCAUUCCUUAUAUUACUAUUCUUACUCUCUUCUAUCCUCGUCCCUCGAGCACAUUUCCCGCAGUCUUCUGCGCGUUUCCAUCCGCCUUUCUUCGUACCGGCCUCUUGGUCUUCUUCUCUCGAUUUUUCCAUCUUCUCCGGUUUGUGUUUAUUCACGGCCGCAACCCGUUCCGCUCUUUUACACUCGAUAGACACAUCAAUAUUCGGGUUUUUAUAUAGCUAACAGUAUAUAAUAUUUAUUUGUAUUUAUAGAGCGCUUCCAGAGUGUAUCGAAAUCGCAAAUAGAGGCAGCCAGCAGUUGUAGUGGCGGCAACGAACACGACGCGCGUCGGCUGACGCACGGAGAGAAGCGUUGCGGAUUUUCAAUGUCUUCCGUCGUGCACGUGUACAAAAGCGUGGAAAAUAAUAAUAAAAAAAAAGAAAAAAAAAGCAUAAUACACGUGCGGGCGAUGGUCGUCGAGACUGGUACGAUUCGCCACCGGUACGACUUUUGUUCACGUUUACAGGCGUGUACACGUCCCCACCAUCGGCACCCGUUGCACGGACAUCGUGAGACUGUGGCAAACGUACGGGUUGCCCCCCUUCCCCUCGCCAUAAAUGACGCCAUUGGAAGACGCUUCUGCAGCCGAGUGUAUCACUGUGAUAAUGACUGGGGUUGA